AUUCUAUAUGAUUUAUGAACACAUUAUGAAUACCCCGGUGGUAAAAUUGUCAAAUGAAGAGUUGGAAACAGUUUAUGAACCAUCGGAGGAUUCCUUCCUCUUGAUAGAUGCCUUAGAAGCUGAUUUAGAGGUUCUAAAAGUUAUGAAACCUGUGAUGUGUUUAGAAAUAGGUAGUGGAUCCGGUAUUGUAAUUACAGCAUUGGCAAUGGCAUUGAACAAGUUUUGUCAAUCCCACUAUCUUGCGAUCGAUGUUAACUUGAAUGCAUGUAAAGCUACCAAAAAAACUGCUAUGCUAAACUCUGUAGAUCUAGAUUCAGUACAAAUGGAUCUAUUGAGUUGCAUACGUGGUAGUCGCGUUUUUGAUAUCGUGGUGUUCAAUCCACCGUAUGUUGUAACUAGCGACGAAGAAAUUUCGACCGACAAACUAGUGUUCAGAACUUGGGCGGGUGGUUCAAACGGUAGGAAAGUUAUGGAACGAGUAUUCUCUAGCAUUCCCGAUAUUCUAUCGGACAUGGGAACAUUUUAUCUACUGGUUAUCAAAGAGAAUGAUCCAGAGUACAUUUUGCAUACCUUUAAGGAUCUAAAUAUGGAAGGAAAAAUAGUUGCAGAGAGAAAAAUUAGAGGAGAACAUUUGUACGUUUUACGGUUUAAAAAGAUACACAAUUAGGAACAUGCGUGUUCGCCAAACAUUCUUGGUAUUUCCUUUGAAACGCUUAUUUUAUAUUCGCAAUUUCUAUCAUCGUGUCCAGUCCUUGGACAACACGAAUAAUACGAAGUCUACCGCAUUUGUUUAAACAAUGAUGUAAAUAUAUAAAAGAUUAUUUGUUAUUACAUUCGAUUUUGUAUAUAUUUUACUAGUCACACUGCGAUUCCAUUUCAUAUUAUUUUAUUGUUAUUUUGUAACAUGAACUGGCCGAUGAAUGAACGUACAUGCAGUACAAUACAAAGAACGUCAAAUCAAUAACAAUUGUAUUUCAGAAAACAAAUAUAAAAUAUUUUCUUUUUAACUUGUU